AUGGAGGAACCACCAUCGCCGGCGAUGGUCCCAGAGAAGAACACACGGGCGGUCCCUCGCUGGAAACGUCUCUUGGGCAAAGCAUCACCUUCGGGCAGUGAGGAUGACUCCUACCGAUCCAAGUCGACGCUGGGGAUUCUAAGUGACAAAGAGACCGAUGAGGUGCCCGGGACGGUCUUGCUGUUGUCAUCCGACCGAAACGAGCCCCUGGGGAUGAGACACCAACCUCAACGGACGUCGACAUCGUCGCUUCACUCUUCAGCACCCCCCUCUCGAUCUUCCUCUCGAUCGGCCGUACCUCAAAAGAAACGAACGGCCAAUGGGCAGAUUGUGCUUGAGCCACAGCCUGAUGAUUCGGCCAACGACCCGCUCAAUUGGCCCAUGUGGCAACGAGACGCGGCUCUCUUCUCCCUCGGGUUUUACUGUCUCAUGGGUGGAGGCAUGACCCCCAUUUUGGCGGCGGGAUUUUCGGAUGUUGCCGAGACCUACGAUGUCACCAAACAGAAAGUGGCCUACACCACGGGUCUUUAUAUGCUGGGACUGGGUAUUGGCUCGGUGAUCAUGUCUCCGACAGCCAUUUUGUUUGGCAAACGCCCUGUGUAUCUCCUGGGCGCGAUCUUGUUUGUCAUCUCAUGUAUCUGGUGUGCUCUGUCCCCCAACUAUCCCAGUCUGGUACUUGCACGCAUCUUUCAAGGUAUUGCCGUGAGCCCCGUGGAAUGUCUCCCAUCUGCGACCAUCGCAGAGAUCUAUUUCUUGCACGAACGGGCCUACCGAGUUGGUGUAUACACUCUGCUGCUGCUCGGUGGAAAGAACCUCAUCCCCCUGGCCAGUGCGGCCAUUAUCGGCAGUCUCGGCUGGCGAUGGGUGUUUUGGAUUGUCGCGAUCAUUGUGGGAGCCUGCUUCUUCCUGCUAUUCUUUUUCGUUCCUGAGACCUUCUGGGACCGCACUCCUCGGCCACGCAAGCACCGGAAGCGUCCUCACAUGGGCAGGACCGUGUCUGAUCUCAUGUCUCAUGGGUUCCGUGGUCGGCACCCGCACAAAGAGCUACCGGGGGAGCUGGUAGAAGGCAAAGAACAGCUAGAACCGGAACUACCAACGACGCCGCGACAGGAGAAGCACGCGCAUUUCAUGUUUGCCGACGACACGGCCAACGAGAAGGAGAACCUCGAGGCGAAUGAAGAGCCCACAACACCCGGCAAUUUCAUCCCUGUCAACCACGAUAAUCACGAUGAUCACAUCAGCCACGAGCCCCUGCCGGGUACCGCAGGAGAGGGACCAAGCCACCUGCAAGUGCCACCGGCAGUGGUCGUGGCCCCCGAAGGUCUCGAAGACCUCGAGUCGGCCUACCGGGCGACAAAGUCGCCAACCCGUAGCGCGCGGAGUGAAUCCCAUUCUCCAGGAAUGCAAAUUCCAGCGCCUCAGCAGUAUACCAAUCGACUGCGCGACCGGCCCAAGGUCCCAUUCUCCCAAUUACUCAAAGUCUGGAACGGUCGCAUCGCUCACGACAAGUGGUACAAGGCGGCUACGCGGCCUUUCAUCCUCUUCGCUUAUCCUGCUGUUCUGUGGUCCUCGGUGAUCUACGCCCUCUCCGUGGGGUGGUUAAUCGUCCUUUCAGAGUGUGUCGCGGUGAUCUACGAGUCCUCUGAAUACUAUGGCUUCACUGCCCUUCAGACCGGUCUGAUUUACAUAUCCCCCUUCGUGGGUGGUCUCCUGGGUACCGCCGUGGCGGGCAAAGUGUCCGACAUUGUGGUACGAUAUAUGACCAGCCGGAACGGUGGCAUCUAUGAGCCCGAGUUCCGGCUGGUGAUGGCAAUCCCCAUUGCCAUUUCGACGACGAUUGGUCUCAUGGGAUUUGGCUGGAGCGCUCAGCUCAUGAACGCGUGGAUCGUGCCGACCAUUUUCUUUGGUGUGAUUUCUUUUGGAUGCUGUCUCGGGAGUACCACCGCCAUUACUUUCUGCGUGGACAGUUAUCGUCAAUACGCCGGAGAGGCUCUCGUGACGCUCAACUUCAGCAAGAACGUUCUUCACGGUCUCAUCUUCUCGCUGUUCAUUGUCAGCUGGUUGGAGUCGGACGGCUCGCGGACCGUGUUCUUGGCUAUUGGCGGUAUUCAAAUGUUUUGUCUUUUGAUGACAAUUCCGAUGUACAUCUACGGCAAGCGGGCGCGCAUGUGGACGGUGCGCAGGCGACUCAUGGAGCGCUUCUGA